GUCGUAGACCUUAGAAGAGGGGUUUAAGCUGAAACACAAACAUAGGAGGAGAAAAGGAGUAGCAGCAGAAACCAGCAACAAAGAAAAUGAGCGGUGAUGCGAAGAAAUCAGGAAACGGAGGCGGAGGAUUUAGGGCGAAAUUGGAUCAUUAUUUAUACAGUGGUGAGAAGAAGCAUGUUUUUGUAGGCAUCGCCAUCUUCGGAGUCAUUUUUGGUGUCCCCUGGUACCUCAUGACUAGCGGGUCAAAGCAACAAUCUCAUCAAGAUUACAUGGAAAAGGCUGAUAAAGCUAGGAGUGAGAGGCUUUCAACUGGUUCGUCCACAACAAGAUGAAGAAAAGUUUAAUCCAUUUUCUACUGCAUUUGCUCCACCUCGUGGCGCCAUGACUUCUAAAUGUUGUCUACACCACUGAACUACGAGUUUAGGGAACCAGUUUUCUAUUUAAGGUUUAUCUUUUACUUGCUAAAAUAAAAAAGUAUCUUAGUGUUGCGAAGCCGAUUAUAUCUGCUAAAGAAUUAGAAUUGUUUAGUUUUACAUAUCUAAAUAUUCUGAAAAUUCUCGUUUGCUCGCGUUGUAAUUUAAAUUCAUAUUUUUUGUUCCUCAGAAAACUAUGACAGCAUUAAGAAGCUGGCUGCCCGGAAAUUUAAUUUUGGAAAA